UUAAAUGGUUGGGACGAAAUGUCAUAUUGAUUGAUAUGCUGAUUUAGAAAAUGAUGUGCCUUUACAACAGCGGCAGAACUGAAUGAAAGCCGAGGAGGACAGUGGAACAGAACAAAUCGACAUGUCUGGGACACAUCUUCUGUGCUGGGGUUUAUUGCUACUUAAUGAACUUGGAAGUUAUUAUUUAACGGCAGAUAUGAACUCGACGAAUUCCAUGGAAACCGUUCCUUCCACCACUAAAGGCAUGGAUCUGACUACAAAAGAUCUGACCACGACAGAUCUGACCACAGCAGACUAUUCCACAGAAGACGCUCCUUCUACCACAAGCGACGUGGAUCCGACCACGGCAGAUUUUUCCACAGAACUUGGAAGUUAUUAUUUAACGGCAGAUAUGAACUCGACGAAUUCCAUGGAAACCGUUCCUUCCACCACUAAAGGCAUGGAUCUGACUACAAAAGAUCUGACCACGACAGAUCUGACCACAGCAGACUAUUCCACAGAAGACGCUCCUUCUACCACUAGCGACGUGGAUCCGACCACGGCAGAUUUUUCCACAGGAGUGAAUUCCAGUGAGGAUACCUCUACAGCCUACACAGACGUGACCACAGCGGCCCCUCCCACAGUGAAUUGUACAAGUAUAGCUGUCAACGUUCAACACGUGACCCCACUAGAUGAGACCUAUCUCUACAUCGGUUCCACUGCCACAGUCAGGGUAUAUGUUGUCAUUCCCGUGGGAUUUAUUGAAGAGCUGAGAAUAACCCUCAUCCACGAUGGGGAGAAUGUUGACUUCGAUACUAUAAAGGCAUAUCAUACAGGCAACAUGGAUUUCACCAAUUCCGCAUCCGUAUGGAAAAGAUAUUACAAUACAAGUUUCCAAAGGUUUUACAAAACCCGUUUCUACUUUUAUAACAUUACCACGUCAUAUUCCAACAGUACUGAAAAUCGGCUACUUUCUGAAUUUUAUGUGUAUCUGCAUAACGCAAAAGGUUUACAAGAUGGACAAAACAUAAGCAUAGAUGCAAAAGUUUCUUACCAAUGGAAUGGAAUAAAUCUGAUUGAAUGUCCAGUCCAUCCGUUCAAUUUUACCACAAAAACACUGCUUUUGAAAAUGAAUAAGACGGCUUCCUUUGCCAUGGUGGCACCAAAGACAUCUGAACUCCCUUCUGGAAUCAACCUACUUAAUAAAAUUACGUUUAGGGCGUGGGUCCCAGAUUAUAAUCCUUCGAUUAAAGUUCUUCUGCAAAGACACACCGACUCUCUUUGGAUUGCAUACUUGCGAGUACCCAGCGUUGGAUUUUCAUAUAGGACAAACUUCGCAGAUAUCCGAUUGCUUAAAGUUUCAAGUUGUGGUGCUAAUACCUCGUUGUUGAUAGAAUUCCCCUCACACUGGGUGAACAGAGGUUACUACAAAUAUUCAAAAACAACGGCCUAUGACAUGAUAGAAUUCGAGGCCGGUAUUAUGAUGACAAAGUCAGCUGAUUUGGAUUCAGAACAAACUGUCCGCAUAAGCAUCCUAUUGGACGAUGUUGAAGUGUGGAUCUCGACAGUUUCGCUCAAAGUCAACUCUACAGUAAAUGCGGAUUCACUGGUCAAGAUGUCGAUAGUUGAUGACCUCGUGAAUGGACCUAUCGUAUCCUCCAGCAAUAUACCACUAAUGUUAGUCAUCGAAACACCAGCGAACACGGCAGAGAUUUUAAAUAUCAGGUUAUGGACAGGAAAUCUCUUGGAGACAGGGGAACCAGCAGCAAUAAUUAAGAAUGUGUCUUUUCACCGUGCUGACGAAAACAUUACGUGUUAUGACCUGAAUGCACUUUAUCACAAAACAGAAAACUCAUCGGUUCAGAACUCCGCCUUAAUUCAUUUGAAGUAUGUAAAUUCUGCUACAGACAGUAUUACUAGUUUCAUAAAUCUGACUUUUGAAGUCAAUGUUGUGCAGGAAAAGAUGAAUUUUGCAGACAUGUAUGUCGUGUUUGUUGCCCUUGGAACUGUGACGUCAAAAUAUACGAUUAACAUGAAGCUACCCGAGAUUUUGAAAGACAGAAACAACACAUUGUUAGGACAGUUUCAUAAGUUACUGGACGGCGAUAACAGCACCUGUGUUGAUUUACCUGUUAUGGGAAAUUUCCCUCCAUUAUUUUGGACAAGGGUUCAUACCGCAUGGUUUAGAAUCAAUGCAUCAACGUUCGAAAUAACGUUGAUUGGGAAAGAUAUAUCUUGCCAACGAAAUGGUUACAAGAUUUCGCAGGUAUCCAUACCUACAUCAAGCUCAAAGAAUGGAUUCCAUGGAGAUCUGAAGUUUUGUGAUGUAACGUAUAAUGGUGGCAUGGACAGAAAUAUUAGUAAAUGUGUGUAUAAUUGUCAGUGCAAAAAUCAGGUGGAAUGUAGCGAAGUUAUUUUGUUCAUGGCAGAUCGUGCAGACGCUUCCAACUGGAAUUUAUGUGAAUUAUCUGCAGUUAAUGUUUAAAGAACCAUCCAUAGCUAUAUGUAUAAUAGCUUUGCACUAUAGGAGUUCAGUUUAGUUUGAGACUUAUGCUUACUUUAUAAACCCAUAUCAAUCCAAAAUCCGGAAGUAAAGAUGAGACUUUCUAUUACGCCCCUUAAAGAGUUUCACAUUCAUACUGACGCACUGCCAGCUAUAGGCUGCACCACUCUAUUAAUGUUGCCUAAUGUUCUUACCAAAAUUACUCACUUUUGAUCUGACCCUGCUUCAUUAAAGUAAACUUCUCAAAAGGUUUACUUUCACAUCAUGUAGUACUGUUCUUAAUGAGCAUUUUCAUAGGAAAAAACAUACCCAUCUAGCAAGGCGUGAGAAUUAUUUUACAUUUGACCAGCUGAUUUUGUACUGUACGUGCAAAAUCAGCUGGUCAAAAGCUAAAUCAACCACAUCUACAACAAAAAUUCAAAAAGAAUUAUCAAAAUCCUUCUUUUAUCUUUCUUAUUCACAAUAUUUAACACAAUACUUGAAUUUACACCUCACAAUAAAUUGGAGAGGCUACCUCUUGAGGAAAGUCCCAUAAAACAAGCAAAGUUCCAGGAAUUAUUUUCUUUCGGCCAUGAUUCGACGUGAACCUCCAUAUAAAUAGAGUGAUGCAACCUGCAAUAAAAGUAUGAUUUCUUUAAAUUGUAAUAAACUUCAGAAAAAAGAAAUUGAAUGAUAUGUGUGUGUGACUGUACAUUCAUUUUUUUUUCUGAUCAUUAUGAAGUGAAACAGACUUUGGGUAAAUGAGGUGUGUUUGGAUGAAAUUGAGUCCAUUUUGUGCAAUUCUGAUAAUAAGUGUAUAUGUCUGAAUUUUGGAUUUUUCACCUAUUUGUUUGUAAUUGAUGACAAUGAUUUUUUUUAUAUUGUUGUGGAAGGCCUUACCUUAUAUGUAAAAAAAAAUGUUGGUGAUUUUAUGUGGUAUACAUAUAUUCUACUGAGGUUUGAUGUGUAAAAUUGCAAUUGAAAUGUGAUGAUGUUCUUGAUUAAACUUAUCAAAUUUAA